UUCAGAAACGCGAGCAAGACAGUUCAUGCAUGAACCACGACGAGAAGGUGUGGAAGAAGCGGCUAAGACGUCAGUCCAUAGCCCGCGGCCACCAAUUCCGUCCGCGAUAGAGGAACCGAAUGCAAACGCGACACCUAACAAGAAGCAAGAUGAUGGGACGAUGGAUGUGGGGGACACGCCACCUUUGUUAGUGGGAAUGACAACCCUCGCUGACAAGUCGUUGUACCAUGGCCAUCUCAAUGCAGACAAACUUCCGCACGGACACGGAUGCAUGUACUUUCAUGCGGGAGGGCACUACGCCGGACAAUACGUCGCUGGCAAGAGGGAUGGCGUCGGCGUAUAUAGCUUCCCCGACGGGUCUCGGUAUGAAGGCGAGUUCAAACGCGACCAACGCGACGGUCAUGGCGUGUACAUGGUUCCCGUGGGGGAGAAAUACCGCGGACGCUGGCAAGACAACGCGCAGCAUGGUUUGGGGGAGUGGACCGAGUGGAACGGCGCGGUUGUGCGCGGCGAAUUCAAGAAAAACGACUUCGUGGGGCCGGUCGAGUCGUCGAUGCAGUCGUGCAUGGACAGUGUGAACCUCGCGUCUCGGACACAGCAGCGCGCCGUCGUGGCCGAGCGGGCGGCGCGGGUGGUGGAGCGCUUGGCAUAUGCCCAGGACAACAUGUCUAUUGAUGGCGUGUACAUCAAGGACGAAGCCACGUUCGAAUCGUAUAGCCAGGACACGACCGUGCGACAACGUGCGUACACCAUCGCAUGGCAGCGAGAGUUUGAGCGCAUAGAGACAACCACCCAGGACGGAAAGACGGAGGAGGCGACGCUAGGCGAGCGCCAGAAGCAGCUGCACGCCACCAUCCAAGUCCGUCGGCAAGAGUUGGCGCGCUACAGCAUGUUUUGGGACAUCGUCGCAGACAAGGAGCGCGAGCUCGCAGACGCCAAACGGGUGCUGGCGUCAAUUGAAACGCAAGUUCGGUUGGAAGAGGCAGUGGAUCAAAGGACGCGGUCCUGCGUCGUAUCUGCACCUCUGCUUCCAGGGGAUGGUCCUAGUAACACUUAAAGAGAUGGUGAUGAUUUGGGCUAUUUACUAGUUUAGUAUACAUGAUGGCAUCAAU